CGGCAACACAGCGAAAAGCUCCUGAUCCGGGGCUCCUUCCCCCUUGAAAAGUCAUAGAGAAUGGAUGGAGGCUUGGGCCGGCGUGCUGUCCACCAAACAAAGGUCCAGGGAACGCUCUGGUGUUUUUCUCUGGUGGGAUGUUUUCUCGCGAGCAGCAGCUUGGCGUCCGACCUGGUGUACCGAGUGACGGAGGAGUCCCCGAGCGGGACCCUCAUAGGGAACCUGGCCACCGACCUGAAGUUGGGAGGCUCUUCCGAGUCCGGAGUCACAUAUAACCUGGCGUCGCAACCCGUGGACGGGCGCUUCGUGGACCUGGACCGGGACACGGGCGAGUUGCGCACAUCGGGCUCGUUGCUGGACCGGGAGAGCCUGUGCCCCGAGCAGCCCGAGUCGGACUGCUGGCUGUUCCUGGAUGUCAUUCUGCUGCCGGCCAACCUCUUCAGACUGCUCAAGAUCAGUGUCUUGGUGGAGGACGUCAACGACAACUCGCCGCAGUUCCCGGCCGCCAGCAUCGGGGUGUCGGUGGCGGAGAACGCCGAGCCGGGAUCCCGCUACCCGCUGGAGCCGCCGGCCGAGGACCGCGACCCGGGCGCCAACGGGGUGCAGAGUUACCGGCUGGCCGGUGCCCACGCCGGCUUCUCGCUGCUGACCGAGCGGGCGGGCGGCGACGGCUCCCCGGUGCCCUGGCUGGUGCUGGAGGCGCCCCUGGACCGGGAGACCCAGGACGUCUACCGGAUGGUGCUGGUGGCCGAGGACGGCGGCUCUCCCCGGCGCUCGGGCACCGCCAGCCUCACCGUCACCGUCACCGACGUCAACGACAACUGCCCCCGCUUCGCCGAGUCCAGCCUCAACCUCACCGUCAGCUCCAACGCCACGGUGGGCAGUCCGGUGGCCCGGCUCCGCGCCACCGACCCCGACCUGGGCUACAACGCCCGCGUCGUCUACUCCUACGGGGACAGGGUGCCCGCCAGCUCGGCCCGGCUCUUCCGGCUGGACAGCGGCUCGGGGGUGAUCCGGCUGGCCGCCCCCCUGCAGGAGGGCGGGCCGGCGCUGCACCGGCUCAUCGUGCUGGCCACCGGCACCGGCUGCAGCCCGGUCACCGCCGCCGUGCACCUGACCGUGCUGCCGCUGCUGCCGUCGCCGCCACGGGUCACCCCCCGCUACAUCGCCGUGCAGUCGGACGGCGUGGUGUACCUGAUGGAGAGCGAGCCCGCCCGCACCCCCAUCGCCUUCUUCACCGUGACGGACGCCGAGCGCCGGCCGCCCCCUCGCUGCUACCUGCAGGGCCCGGGGCCCUUCCGCCUGGCGCCCUACCGCGCCUUCCGCGACGAGUACCUGCUGGAGACCUCCCGCCCGCUGGACUACGAGCUCAUGCCCGAGUACGAGGUGACGGUGGUGGCGGAGAGCGCCGACGGGCUUGCCCUCAGGACCCGCCUCAGGAUCGUGCUGCUCGACGAAAACGACAACUCGCCCGUCUUCAGCCAGCCGGUGCUCGACGUGGCCAUCGAGGAGAACCAGCCCGCCGGCAGCUUCCUGGCCCGGCUGAAGGCCAGCGACGCUGACAGCGGCGGCAUGGGCAGCGUCACCUACGCCCUGGGUGCCGGAGCCCUGCCCAUCUUCGUCCUGGAUGGACUGAGCGGGGUGCUCACCGUGUCGGCGCCCCUGGACCGAGAAGAGCAGGAGAAGUACCGGAUCGUCGUCAGGGCCAUCGAUGGCGGGACCCCACCCCGGGAAUCCACAGCCACCGUCCUCCUCACCGUGCUGGACACCAACGACAACAGCCCCAGGUUCAUUAACAAGGACUUCAACUUCUUCGUGCCCGAAGACUAUCCGAGUUUUAGUGAGAUCGGCGUGAUUGGCGUUAUCGACGCCGACGCUGGAAAUAACGGUUGGGUGGCUCUGUCCAUACUCAACGGCAGUGAUCAUUUUGUGAUUGACACAGGCAAGGGAAACCUGAUGGCCAGAGCGCCGCUAGACAGGGAACAACAGAGCUCCUACAUUCUCUGGGUGCAAGCUAUGGAUGGUGGGGAGCCUGCUCUGUCUGCUGUAGCCAAGGUGACGGUUCUUCUAACGGAUGUCAAUGAUAACCCACCGUUGGUCUUGUUCCCUCAGUCCAACCUCUCUUUUCUUCUGGUUGCCCCAACCACAGCCCCUGGCUCUUCCAUUACGGAGGUGUAUGCAGUUGAUAAAGACACAGGAAUGAAUGCUGUCAUUGCCUACAGCAUCAUUGGCCACAGAGGACCCCGUCCAGAGACUUUUGUCAUUGACACGGGAACGGGUAACAUCACCUUGCAUGGGACUUUGGUGAAGAAUGAUUAUGGACUGUAUAGACUGCUGGUCAAAGUCAGCGACCAUGGAUACCCAGAGCCACUCCACACCACAGUUAUAGUCAAUCUCUUUGUUAAUGAAACAUUGAGCAAUGAGAGUUACAUAGAAAACCUGCUGAGGAAAGAGCCUGACAUCAGGAUUGAGGAAAGCCUACCAGAGACCAGGACUGACCCCUUUCAAACAGAAGUCGACAUAUUCCCAUGCCAGACUGUGUUGAUAGCACUAUCUGGUUUUUGCUUUGGCCUUAUGAUUUUGAUAUUUGCUUUGGUGUGUUACAUUUCACUUAAAAAAAGGAAGCACAGACGUAAAGAUUACAGUGUUGCAGAGAUUGAUAUCCCAUUAAAUAAAAUAGCCUCAUGUACAUCAGAGAAGAAAUCAGUGAUUUAGAUCUGUAAGUGGAACUGGACAAAUGACAUGGUCAACUGAUUAUAAGUUACAUCAGGACACAAAACUGAGGUUACCAACAUCUUUAUUUAAAAUGUAUUUUGUAUGAAGGAUUUAUGUUACUGAGUUCCAAUCUGAUUAGCAAUCAAUUAAUAUAUUGUUUACGGAACUGAACUACACCAUGUAGUUUAAGGUAGUGUUCUCUUUGCAAAAUUGCACAUUGUUAUUUUGUGUAAAAAGCUUAAACUUACACAGCUGGAUCUGUGAGUGAUCCCAGUGCUUCAUUGUAUGACAACAAAACGCAGGGCCUCAAACUCCAGGGAUAAAGAACCGCAAAGAUCCAGUUCAACUAUUGCUUCCUUCUUUGGCUGACCAAGGAAUCAGAAUAAUAAGGUUGCCUUCAGUUCCGAAACUGAUUGAAGCUACCUACUUUGGAAAAGCUGCAACAACGAACAUCGCCAAGCAUUUUAUUAGUUUUUGGGAAUCAUGCAUGUCACUUUUCUCCCUUACAUGAGUCCUUUCUGACAUGAAAUGAAUUUUAUUGAACUGAGCAAUCAGAAAACUCAAGCAACAUAAAAUAGGUGAUUACAGCAAAACAAAAUGCAGAUGCUGGAAAUCCAAAACCUGCUGGAAGUGCUCAGCAGAUCAAGCAACGUUAGUGGGGAGAGAAAGAGCUGAUGUUUCAGGCCAAGGAUCCUUCACCAGAAUUGGAAAAGUGAGAAAACAAGCAUGUUGAGUUGCAGAGAUAAAUCAUAAUUUAACAUGCUUUUAUUCUCACUUUUUCAGUUCUGGUGAAGGGACCUUCACCCAAAAUGUUGACUCUGUUUCUUACUUUACAGUUGCUGCUUCACCUGCUGAGUGCUUCAUGCAUUUUCUGUUUUUGUUUGAAAUAGGUGACUAACUGCUCUUGUUUCAAUUUUCAUCUGGAAUACAGGAAUGGAAUUUAAAUUGCAUUCAAUCUGAUAAAAUUAUGAGCAUCAAUGUUUGUGUAAAUGACUUAAUAUGUGAACAUUUGUAUCUCAAGUCUACAACAGCUAUAAGAAAUUUUGUGUUGCAAAAUAAAUUAUUUAUUUUUAUUUAAAAUUAUAAAGUUAAGACUUUAAAUAAAAUCUCCAUUUGUAAAAUGCAGAAUAGAUGUUAUUUUUCUCAGUGUAACAUCCAAAGAACUACUUGUUCCCCCUUGGGGUCACAGUGGCACAGCUAGGAGAGUUGCUGCUUUGUAGAGCCAGAGACAUGGGUUCUACCCUGACCUUGGGUGCUGUCUGCAGUGAGUUAGCAUGUUCUCCUUUUGACCCUGUGGGUUUCCUCCAGGUGCUCUGGUUUCCUCUCACAUCCAAAAGACAUGCAGUUGGCAGUUUAAUUGGCCACAAUAAAUUGCCCCUUGUGUGUAAGUGUGUGGUAUCAUCUGGAGGAGUUGAUAAAAAUGUGAGGAAAAGAAAAAAAUAGGAUCUAUAAAGGA